GAGUAAAUAAUUCCUUCCGAAAAACACCAUCACUGAGAGUCAGCCAGAGAUGGAGGAAGUCAAUGUGGUGAUGUGGAUCGAUGUCUGUGGCUGUCUUCCUUUGACCGUACUGAUCAUCUGUUCUGUGUGUCGAAUGGUGCGACGGGAGCAUGUUCCCGUCAUCUAUUACACAAACGUCCUCAUCGCCAAUCUCAUCCCGCUCAGCAUGCAAAUCAUUUUGGUGGCAAAACUGGAUUACAAUAAAAACUCCAUAAUCUAUCCGAGUAUUUUCUUCUGUGGUGCGAUGGCCAGUCUUUACUUCAAGAUGUGCAUUGCUUUGGAAAGGUAUUUUCUCCUCGCCUACCCCCUGUUGGACUGCAUCAGACAAACUCAGGGUUCUGUGCUGGUCUGUGUGCUGGUCUGGGUCCUUUGUGUUGUUAGUGUUCCUCUUGCCAUAGUCUUACAAGAUUCUUCACGCUUAGUUAUUUAUGCCCUCCUCCCUGCCCCCCUGUUCAUCUCCUGUCUAGCUGGGACCCUCAAAACUCUGCCUGCUGCCACCUCAGUGCCUCGUGAGGAAAAACAAAGAGUUGUAGGAACUUUGGUUUUGUUGCUGCUUAAUUACUUUGUGAUGAUCCUUCCCAUAAUCAUCUGUAAAAUGCUAUAUUGUUCUUACUUUUAUAUCGCUUUCAUCUUUUUUCUACUCAGUCCUUUUGUAGACUUGAUUCUGUUUUUCUUCCAUGUGUAAAGGUCACAUUGACAAGCUGCUGGCGUGUCUCUGCUGUUGCAGCUUGGACAACAUAUCAGCAGUGUGACUGACGGGAGCACAGAGAGUUGGGUUCAUUUAAAGGAGACAGGGAAAAUGGGGAGCACAUUGUGGGAGAGAUGCGUUUUUUUUCAAAAUUUUCAGAGUAAAUGACCCAGGUGAAAGAUUCCAGCAGACAAAAAUAACAAAAGGCUCAUCUUUAAUUAUUUUGAAUACAAAGUCUAAAAUGGGAAUGAACAGAAACCUAAAAUGAUCACAGGAAUCCAGAAAAAAAAAAAAA